AUGAUUACAGAAGGUAUUCCUCACAUCGUGAAUAAAGGCGGUUCGGAGCUUCACGUGACUGUGGCGCAACUUCUCAUUGAAGACCGAUACUCCCAAGCCGUAGAAGCGAACUCCUCUCUGCAUUCUCAGAAACCUCACCAUGUGAUUCAGAAUCCUCCUGAACAAUCGGAGAUGGAUUAUGAGCACGUUGCGUCCAAUGCAGAUUUGGAAAAGAUCGGCCGGUGA